UGACGUCAUAAGGCUGCUGCGCGCUCCAGCGUCUGUGACUCGGCUGAUAAAAGGACAAAGUGUUCAAACAGACAGAAAAACUCUUGGAUUAACUGAGAUCCAUGUGACAAACGACAAUAAAGAUGGCAUUUAUUAAAGAGGAGACCAAGGACAUAAAGAUUGAAGAAACAUUCAGUGUCUCACAUGAAGAAACUGAGGAACAAACAAAGAUGGAGUUUAUUAAAGAGGAGAGUGAAGACAUUAAGAUUGAUGAAACAUUCAGAGUCAAACAUGAAGAAACUGGGGAACAAACAGAGGAGAGUGAAGAACUGAAUGAAACCGAAGACAAAGAUCAAAAUGAGAAUCAGCAUGAUUUCAAAACGGAAGAAAAAUCAAUUGGUUGCUCACAAAAUGAAAAGAGUGCAACACCAAAAAAAUAUACAAAAAUGCAAGGGACAACCCUCAAUUCCCAGAUGAGAAUUCACACUGGAGAAAAACAUUUUACCUGCCGAAAGUGUGGAGCAAUUUUCAAAAGAAAAGAUAUCCUGAAAGUCCACAUGAAAAUUCACAAUGUAAAGAAACUGUUAAUAUGCUGCCAGUGUGGAAAUAGUUGUACACGGGAAAGUCACCUUAAUAUGCACAUGAGAAUUCACACUGGAGAGAAACCAUACCCCUGCAAACUGUGUGGGAAGGGUUUCAGACGAAAAGGAGAUCUUAAGACUCACAUGACAGUACACACUGGAGAGAGACCACACAUAUGUAUUCAGUGUGGAAAGUGUUUUACACAGAAAAAAAACCUUAAUGUCCACAUGAGAAUUCACACUGGAGAGAAGCCUUACACCUGCGAACAGUGUGGGAUGAGUUUCAUACGAAGUGGAGGUCUUAAAAGUCACAUGAGAGUUCAUACUGGAGUGAAACCUUACACCUGCAAAGAGUGUGGAAAGAGUUUCACACAGAAAAAAAACCUCACUGUACACAUGAGAAUUCACACUGGAGAGAAGCCUUACACCUGCAAACUGUGUGGAAAGAGCUUCACGUGUCAAGAAAACUUUAAAACUCACAUGAGAAUUCAUUGAAGAGGCAACAGUUUUGCAUGUCAUCGGUGCAAAAGAAGGUUCACAGACACAAAUCACCUUCAGGAUCAUGUCAAAAUUCACAUCGGAGAAAAGCCUUUCAUGUGUCAUUACUGUGGAAAGAGUUUAAAAAACAAUGUAAACCUUGAGAAUCACAUGAGAGUUCACACAGGAGAGAGAUCUUUCACCUGCCCUCAGUGUGGAAGGAGUUUCACCUCAAAAAGGAAUUUAAAGAUUCAUGAGAAUUCACACAGGAGAGAGAUACACAUUUCUAAGCAAACUGAAACAUAAUUUGACUCAUUCUGGUAAGAAAUCGCGGUUUUAAAAAAAUAAUAACGAUUUCUUGGAUUACCCCAUUCUCAUUUCUUUAGAAAGGCACAGGAACGGUAUUACAUUAAAAGUAAUAUCCCAAUUUUGAAACUUACAAAUCCCCUGAGAAUCUUUGUCUUUGUAUGAAAUCUGAACUCAAUUUUAAGGGUAUUGUUCCUAGAUUUGUUGAAUAUUUUAAGAGUUCCUCCUAUCCAACAUUUGAAGACGUCCUGAGAGAAAGACCUCAGAAUAGACAUUUCAAAAGACACUAAGACAGAGACCCUUCAGGGCAUUAUGUUGUGUUCCAUCAGCUCUAACUUUCAGCUCAAUAGUGCCCAAACACCAAUGGUGCGAGGACCCUCUUGGAAUUGCUUUCUUCAUCUUGGUUUUCAAAGGGAAUCACACUUUUGAGAGCCUAAACAUGCUCCAAAACUAUGCACACUGGUGAACUGGUAGGAAUUUACAUCUGUUAUGCGUUUCAGAAUUGAGAGAGAUAAAAUGGCUCAAAGGAACCACUUAUAAAAUUAUAACAAUGCACCACUCCUGCUGCGUUUUACAUGUGUAUGAAAUUCGGUACAUGCAUGUAAUGUCCCUACACCUACAAAAAAAAAAAUUCUUAGAGCUUAGUCAUAAACGCAACAAAGCCAUUUUGCCAUUUUGAAUUUUUGCAGAUUUUUGUUCAGUUUUGUCCAUUUUCAGCCCUUAUAGCUUUAAUUGGAUCAGCUUAAUUUGUUGAGUGUAAUCAUAAAGCCUUUGCAAUGUUAAAUUGCAAAGAUCUUGAGUUUUCGUCAAAGGGUGUGUCCCUGGCAUCCUGACAAACUUGUUGGUUGCUAGGGCCAUUUCUACGCUGCUCGCAGCUUUAAUUCAAUAUUAACUUGAGCGCAAAUUGCAAUAUCAUACCGGGGCAUGUUUCAUAAAACAAGUUUACCCAAUAAGCUAGGCUUAUUUCAGUUAGGCCUGGCUUAUUUGGUGAACUUGAUUUAUGAAACAGGUCCCAGGUUACAUUCUAUACACCCCAAUGUGUGUCACCUUUAUGUGUUAAAUGCGAGACCAAUGAGGGAACAUUAAGUCAUGUAUUGUA